AUGUCUCCAUGUGUUGAUUCAGCUUUAGAUCGACGAACUAUACAAUCGGGUGAUUAUGCCAGUAAGUUCCCUGCGUUUUCUGGGCGAUAUUUGAUUUCACCAACUCACAUCCCUCUUUUGGAUGAAAUGGCUGUUUGCAAAAUCGCUGCGCAGCUACUAGAAGGAAUCGUUGACAUGGCACAGAUUCAUUUAUUCCAUUGUGAUCUCUCUGUUAAUAACUUUCUUGUUGAUCCCCAACUUAACGUUCAGCUAAUUGAUCUAGGUAACGUCUUUUUCGGUUUAGAUGAACGAGAUUUCUUCGAUAGGAGAUACGCAUAUCUCCCUUUCCAGGAGUAUCAAAUGUCACCCGAGCUACUUGAAGUGGUACUAAGGCCGGAAAACGAGGGUCGUGACUGGCGAGACGAACCCUGGUUGACGUUGCCGAACGAUGUUCGUCGCACUCUCCUUUGGAAAUUUGGUGUCAUUAUUGAUGGUCUUCUUCAUGGGUACUGGCCAUGGGAUAACCCUUCUUGUGGAUGGGGGGGUUGA